AUGUUUCAAAAAUUGUUCAAGUGGUUAGUUGGUUUUUUCGAAGAAGAGAAUAUGUAUUCAGUUAUACCAAGUAACUGGGUGUAUAGAGGUGACAAUGGUAAUUUUUUAUGUAAAUGGCCUGCUAAACAAAUAGUCACGGAUAUAAUGCUUUUGAAAGCUAUCAACCCAGAAUCUAACUGGUUAUCAUACCCAGUUACCAUUAUUGCUACUUUUGACACUUAUGAACAAGCUUAUCAAAAAGAAAGACAAAUAUUUUUAUCAUCAGAAUCUGAGAGAAGCCUUGGUCGAGGAAAGAGGGUAAAAAAGUCAAACAAGAAAAAUAACGACACUGAUACUGGUACUUAA